AUGGAGCUUAGUACAUUGGUAGUAGCGAAGAACAAGAAGAACCGUGCCCGCCACCCCGCGGUGGUUCUUGUCCUGCUCGCCUGCGCCUGCGCCGGCGGCAUUGCGCCCGCGAGCGGCGCCGGCGGCGGGAGGUGGGACCUCCUGCAGCGCAGCAUCGGGGUGUCGGCGAUGCACAUGCAGCUGCUGCACAACGAUCGCGUCAUCAUCUUCGACCGCACCGACUUCGGCCGCUCCAACCUCUCCCUCCCCGAUGGCCGCUGCCGCGUCAACCCGCGGGAGCGCGUGCUCCCUCGAGGGGACUGCACCGCGCACUCCGCCGAAUACGACGUGGCCGCCAACGCGUUCCGCCCGCUCUCCAUCUGUACCGACACCUGGUGCUCCUCGGGCACCGUCACGCCCGACGGCACGCUCGUCCAGACUGGCUACUGGAACGACGGGUUCCGCAACGCGCGCACCAUGCCCGCGUGCGGCGGCACCGGGGACGACAAGAGCUGCGACUGGUCUGAGAAGCAGGACGCGCUCGCCGCCAACCGGUGGUACGCCACCAACCAGAUCCUCCCCGACGGCCGCACGUUCAUCUUCGGUGGCCGGAGGCAGUUCAGCUACGAGUUCUACCCGAAGGCCGGCCCUUCGGAUACGUCCGUCGUCCAAAUGCCAUUUUUGGUGCAGACCAAGGAUCCCGAGGAGAACCAUCUUUAUCCGUUCGUACACCUCAACAUAGAUGGUAACCUUUUCAUCUUCUCCAACAACCGCGCCGUCCUCCUGGACUACAAGAGUAACAGGAUCGUGCGGACGUACCCCGUGCUGGGCGACGGCGACCCGCGGAACUACCCCAGCUCGGGCUCCUCGGUGCUGCUCCCGCUGAAACCCAACCCCACCGAGGCCGAGGUGCUGGUCUGCGGCGGCGCGGCAGCGGGCUCCUACAACGCCACCAAGGGCGGCGCUGGCACCUUCGUCCCAGCGCUAACGACGUGCGGGCGGAUCAAGAUCACCGACGCCGCGCCGGCUGUGUUCGUGACUGUAUCGAGCAGGAGCAGCUGUCCAGCAGCCCAGCGGCAGGACUACCAGCGCUAA